AUGGAGAUUCAAAACCUUGUUGAUGACAAUAAGUCUGGAUUUGAUAUGAAAAAGCAGGACAGUCAAGUGGAACUGGAAGAGAAGCGAAGGUUGUUCGAGGAUGUGCUUAAGUUACAAGCGGAAGAAUUGGGUAAGACAGGAGAUGCUCACACCGGUUCGCAGGGACUUGCUUGUGUCUAUGUGGAUUUGAAUGUCAGUGAUGUUCCAAAUAUGACUCCUCGAUUACCAUUGCUCAAUGCCGAUGCAAGGUUGAUUCCUCCGCGAAAUAACAAGUUGUACAGCCAGUUCUGGAGGCGCAGUCCAAACUGGAUAUGGGCCGAUUCCGAUCAGUCUUCCAUCGACGACAGCGACACUCACUUCUGGCCCGUCAAAGUAGACAACAGCAACACCAUUGCACUCCGCAAUGCUGGCAACAACAAUUACUGCGCGCGUCUCUCCACCGAAGGGAAGACCGACAUGUUAAACGCGGACGUCCAUAACAUCACCAAGCAAGCAAGACUGGUGGUGCAAGAGCUCGUGUCGCAGAGAAACAUCUACAACGUCGUAUAUCGGAUGCAGGACGCCAGGAUAUACGACGAGAUGCCUUACAUUGCUGGCUCAUCCGUGCUUACUAACUCGAGCGACCAGGAGGCUGCUAUGGCUGUUCAGAUUACUUAUCAAGACGAGAAAUCUUAUACUUUUAGCCGUAGCUUGUCUUUAACUGCGGGGGUGGAAACCACUUUCAGUACCGGCGUGCCCUUCAUCUUGGAUGGAGAGAUCACAGUCUCUUUCGAGAUAAACACCACUCUCCAGUGGGAUACUGUCAAAACGAAUACAACAUCGGUUAUGGCUUCGGGUUCGAUUCCUGUGCCUGUGAGGAGUACUGCGGUCAUUGAAUAUGUCGGGACGAAGGGCACCUGCGAUGUUCCUUAUUCUUACACGCAGCAAGACAAGAGCUCCACCGAUGGCAGUGUUUCUUACACUGAGCAGGUUGAUGGUAUUUACAAAGGCAUCAGUUUUUACAACUUCCACUUUGUUGUCAAAUCUGUUCAGGCCUUGUUCUGA